UCAGCUAAUCCACUCACACUUGUUUGGGGCUCCUGCCAUCCGUUGGAAUAUGCCUAGAUUUGAAUCCUAUACACGCAGCAGCCGGUUCUGUCAUCACUAGCACCACCCGCCAUGCAAUCGUCCCACGUCCAAAACCCCCUCACGAUCUCCCACCUCAAACUCCUCUCCACGCUCUUCAAAUCCACCUUCACCUCCCACCCCAACCCCCUCCCAAGAUUCAUCCCUGACCACCCCAUCUUCCCCCUCAUUGAAUCAGCCCAAGCCCACCCCCACACAGACCCAAGACCCCUCCACGCCCACACCAUCACCUCCGGCCUCAUCCGCGACCCCUUCGCCGCCAGCCGCGUCAUCCAACUCCUCCUCCUCCCCGGCCCCGCCGCCGACCUCCGCUACGCCACCGCCGUCUUCAAUUCGCUGCACCACCCCGAUGUCUACACCUGGAACGCCAUGAUCGCCGCCCACGCCGACCAGGGCUUCCCCGACUCCGCCGUCGCAUUCUAUUUCUGCAUGCGGGCCACCCGAGCCCCGCCGAACACCUACACCUUCGCCCUCCUUGUGAAGGCUUGCAUCCAUGGCGGUGAUACUGGAAAGCUCAUCGGCUUGGGAAAGGAAGUCCAUGGCCAAAUUCUCAAGUGUGGAGUGGAGGACGUAAUUGUUGUUAAGAAUUCUCUUUUGAAUAUGUACUGCGGUAUGGACCACUUGGCAGAGGCUCGCCUCUUGUUUGAUAAGAGCUGGCACUUGGAUUUGAUCUCUUGGAAUACUUUGAUCUCGGCUUAUGGGAAGAAUGGAGAUGUGGUGACUGCAGGGGAACUGUUUGAAAGAAUGCCUGAGAGAAGUCUGGUUUCUUGGAGUGCCAUGAUUGAUGGGUAUGUGAGGAAUGGGGAUUUCUCCAUGGCCUUGAGGUUGUUUGAUGAGAUGCAGGAUGAGGGGAUGGAGCCUGAUGUGGUGACUUUGGUGAGUGUUUUGAAAGCUUGCGCUCAGUUGGGUGCGCUCGAUCAGGGAUGCAGGAUCCACCACUACAUUGACAGGAAUGGUCUUGCGAGGGAGGGCAAUGUGAUACUUGAGACUGCUUUAGUAGAUAUGUAUUGUAAAUGUGGGUGUAUGGAUGAAGCUUUGAAGGUAUUUGAUGGUGUCCGCGGCGGGGAUGUUGUGUUGUGGAAUGCGAUGAUUGGUGGGCUUGCAAUGCAUGGCCAUGCAGAGCGUGCGCUCGAGCUAUUUGGGAUGAUGAAGGAGAGGGGGAUAAUACCAAAUGAGUCGACGUUCAUUGGAGCUCUAUGUGCGUGCACCCAUGCCGGAAUGGUUAAUGAUGGGAAGAAGAUAUUUGAGUCCAUGAGAGAGUAUGGUGUUGAGCCUCAAAGAGAGCACUAUGGAUGCUUGGCCGAUCUUUUGGGCCGAGCAGGCCAGGUCGAGGAGGCUGAACAGGUCUUGCUCAGCAUGCCAAUGGAGCCACAGGCAUCACAGUGGGGUGCACUGAUGUCGGCAUGUCGGACGCACCAUAAAAUUGAUGUGGGGGAGCGAGUUGGGAAGCAUUUGAUCUCAUUGGAACCAUAUGAUGGAGGUCGGUAUGUCUUAAUGGCUAACAUGUAUGCAAUUAAUGGUCAAUGGGAUGACGCAGGAGGCAUGAGGAGGGCAAUGGAAGAGAUAGGGGCCAAGAAAGAGACUGGGCGUAGUUUCAUAGAGUAGAAUUGGCCAGCCAAUGAAUUCGUUAUGAGAGAUUCUAUAUCAACCUUGGAGAAGGGGCAGACAUAUUGCAGUUACUGGUGGGAUUGCAUGACAUGGUAGAGAAGGGGCAGAAUUAUCUGAUUAAAACAAGAAGCUCACUUUGGUCAUUCAAAUAAUCAACUCAAGGUAUGACAUGCUGAUUUGGGUUGCUAGGAGCCUCAGAGUCUGUAGAGACUUUCACACCCAUUACCUAGCUUGUUUCUAAGAACCACCAGGGAGAGAAUAAUAGGAGAUUGACACAACUAUUGCAGGUUUAAGAAGCAUCAUGCUCCUAGAAUGACCAACGAGUAUUGGUGAAGAUGAUUCAUGUUUUUGAUUCAGCAUUUCAGGAAAUUUGCAGUGGCUUACAAAUUUCUAGAACGUGCUAGAGAUUACAAAUAUUUCCUCUUGUAAUCAUAAGAUAUGAUUGUGCAAACAGAUGAACUAGAUGAAAGUUGGGAAGUAGGAAUUGCAGAUAAGCUUCUUCUUAAAGGAUGAGAAACUGAUCCCAAAUGGAUAGGUUGAGACUUUUCAGACAUUUUUGAUGUAAUUUGAGCAAAUAAUGAGUUUUAAUGUA